AUGGGAUUCAUAAUGGAAUUCGCUGAGAAUUUGGUUCUGAAAUUGAUGGAAGAUCCAAAGGAAAGGGAUCGUAGAUUCAGGGAACACGUCUAUAAGGUGAAAGAUAGAUGCGCAAAGACCAAGGAGAUGUGGAGUUACCCUAUGCGGCCAUACGGGUUCUGGACAUUCGAACGCCACAAUUCUCAGCUUGCUUGGGAUGCACAGAUUAGUCAAGUUGCUGGUCGAAGAGAUCCUUAUGAUGAUAUCCUUCGUCACUACCCCGCCUCAUCUAAAUGA